AUGGUCAUUCCGCCACCCGUCGUCGGCACGAGCCUCGGCGACCUCCGCCAGACCUGGGUCGCAAGGUUCAUGGAGCUCUCGAGCCAGCUGGCCCACGUCCGCGCGCACCCUCUGGUGUGCGAGGCCGAGAGGGCGGGCGAAGCGGCUGCGGGCGACGGCGAAGCGGGCGGCGAAGACGCGGGAGGCGAGGGCGCGACCACCGGCGAGGGCGCGGCGAGUGAGGGCGCAGAGGGCAAGGGCGCGAGGAAGGGCAGCGCCAAGGAGGCUGCCGAGAGCAAGGCCACGAGCAAAGAGACCGCGGAGGCCGAGGAAAAGGAGAACCUGCGGCUGACAGUGAAGAAGUCGUCCGAGCUGCACGACAGCAUCAGCGACUGCUAUCGCUCCCUCUUCUACCUCGAGAAGUUCUUCCACAUCGUGAGCGAGGGCAACCUGGAAACGCUGUCAGGCCACGCGGCGGCGCUGCUGGAGAUUCUUGAGAUCGUGUGGCGUGUGGGGCGGCGCGACGGAAUCAGCUGCCGAGUGCAGCAAAUCCUGGAAUCGGCAGUGCAAAGCCUGGUGAACCUUGUCACCAAGGAGCUGCGCCCGGUUAACCUGCUGCCGUCUGGGAUGCGCGAGCAGCACCCGUUCCUAGAGUCUCAGUCGCGGGUGAAGAGAGCGCUGAAGGUUGUGGGCGAGUGGGAGGCUGCAACGACCAAGUGCGCUGACUCCGUGCAACAUUCGGCCAAGCGUCAGCGGGACGGACGUCAGGACUUCGACCCCAAGAAAGUCCUGGGCACGAUCGCCAGCCUCAAGUCGGUGUGCGAAGACCUCGAGGAUAUCAUGAAGGUGCUCCUGGAAGCGCAGGUGGGGUCCUCCGGCGAGUGGUCGGCCCUGAUCCGCGUGCAGGACCCCGAACAGCUCAAGAGCAUCACGGCGCAGGUCCUACGAGUCCUCACUGCCUACGACUUCAACAUCUUCUCCAGCAGGAACCACGACCGCUGGAUCAGGCAGAAGGACGACUUCCAGAUCGCCGUGCACAAGUGGGAGCAGGCCGUCGUCGCCGCCAUCCACGAGAGCUUCAAGGACAGGAUGACGUCGGAACUGGUGACAGCUGUGGCGGGCGUGUUGGCCAAGCAGCCCUGCAGGACCUGCUUCAGGCAGCUCCUCAUCUCUCGCCUCCCCGACCUGCUCUCGGCCUUCGCGGCUGAGGUCAAGGGCAUCAGGGCGGACUUCCAGGCGCAGCAGAAGGUCGAGCGGCCGGGGACGCAGGCGCCGCUGUCGGGCCGCGUGCGCUGGAUGACCAGCUACCUGACGAAGCGGCUGGCGGCGUGGACCACGCUCAAGCAGCUCUACUCGCAGUACCAGGGAUCUGGCGCGGGUGGAGAGCUGUGGGUGGAGGUGGGUGCGGAGGUGGAGGAGGUGCAGAAGGAGGUGGAGCAAGCACGGGAGAACAUGGUGCUGCAGUGGAGCGAGCGAGUGACGCAGAAAAUCCCGAAGUUGCUGGUGACACCCGUCCUCACGCGCGACCCCGGCCAUGAAGGCGUCGGGGGGUGGAAAGUGCAGCUGCCAGGCGAGUUGCAGUGGGUGGUGUGGGAGGCAGGGCAGCUACAGCAGGCCGGAAUCCGCCCGCCCCAGCUAGCCGCCCAUCUCACACUUCAUUACCAGACGCUCCAGACGGCGGCCAUGGGACUCCACCUCACGCUCAAGGACUACCACGCGGUUCUCGACCAGCUCAGCCCCGUGCAGCGGGAACUCUUGCGUGCUGAGUUGGCGGGCGCUGACCGGGUGCUUGCAGCGGGCCAGCGGGUUGUCACGUGGUCGCCGGCGGCCCUCACGCACUUCAGCACCUGCUGCAGGGGUGUCGUGGAGCACGUGAGGUCGAUCGCCAACAGACUCAUUGG